AUGGGUCCGAAGAUCCCAGCCCAGAUCCGGGUCCAGCUCUGGUUUGGGCUCUCUGUCGACGAGAAGGAGUUUAACCAAUACGCCGAGGGAAAGCUCUCUGUCUUCGCCGAAACUUAUGAGAACCAGACCAAGCUGGCGCUGGUGGGGAACUGGGGCACCACCGGCCUGACCUACCCCAAAUACUCAGACGUCACCGGCAAGAUCAAGCUGCCCAAGGACAGCUUCCGCCCCUCCACGGGCUGGACCUGGGCCGGGGACUGGUUCAUCUGCCCGGAGAAGACGUUGUUGCAUGAUGUGGAUGCCGGGCACCUGAGCUUCGUGGAGGAGGUGUUUGAGAACCAGGUCCGGCUGCCUGGAGGGCAGUGGAUCCACAUGACUGAUGCCUACACUGACGUGAACGGGGAGAAGGUGCUGCCUAAGGAUGAGAUUGAGUGUCCUGCGGGCUGGAAAUGGGAAGAUGUGGAGUGGGACACUGACCUCAACAGAGCCGUGGAUGAGAAAGGCUGGGAGUACGGCAUCACCAUCCCCCCCGACCGCAAGCCCAAGGCCUGGGUGCCGGCCGAGAAGAUGUACCACACCAACCGGCGCCGGCGCUGGGUGCGGCUCCGCCCCCGGGGCACGCACAAGCAGGAGGAGCCGGACGGGGAGGGCUGGGAGUACGCCUCGCUUUUCGGCUGGCGCUUCCACCUCAAGUAUCGCCGCACCGACACCUUCCGCCGGCGCCGCUGGAGGCGCAGGAUGGAGCCCCUCGAGCGCACUGGGGCCGCCGCCGUCUUCGCCUUGGAGGGGGCCCUGGGUGGAGUGACAGACGACAAGAGCGACGAUGGCAAAUCCGUCUCCACCCUCAGUUUUGGUGUCAACAGACCCACCAUCUCCUGUAUAUUUGACUAUGGGAACAGAUACCACCUCCGCUGCUACAUGUACCAAGCGCGAGACCUGAUCGCCAUGGACAAGGACAGCUUUUCAGAUCCUUACGCCAUCGUCUCCUUCCUGCACCAAAGCCAGAAGACGGUGGUGAUCAAGAACACCUUGAACCCCACCUGGGACCAGACGCUCAUCUUCUACGAGAUCGAGAUCUUUGGGGACCCCCAGAACGUCUCUGACUGCCCCCCCAACAUCGUGGUGGAGAUCUACGACCACGACACCUAC